AAUCAGUGUACCAUUCUCCCAGGCGCCAUGCAGCAUCAGCAACUGAAGGGCAAGGCGGCCUUCCUCCCUGCCUAAUUACCUGCUCUUCCCAUCUCAGGGUUCCUGCCUUUGCAAAGUGCUACCAGAGGGGGAAGAAACGACCAUCACCCAGCCUCCUUGCUGCCUGAGGGUUCAGCCUUGAUUAGAUGGCUAACAGGGGCCCGAGCUACGGCUUAAGCCGAGAGGUGCAGGAGAAGAUCGAGCAGAAGUACGACGCGGACCUGGAGAACAAGCUGGUGGACUGGAUCAUCCUGCAGUGCGCCGAGGACAUAGAGCACCCGCCCCCCGGCAGGGCCCAUUUUCAGAAAUGGUUGAUGGACGGGACGGUCCUGUGCAAGCUGAUAAACAGUCUAUACCCACCAGGACAAGAGCCCAUUCCCAAGAUCUCAGAGUCAAAGAUGGCUUUUAAGCAGAUGGAGCAAAUCUCCCAGUUCCUAAAAGCUGCGGAGGUCUAUGGCGUCAGGACCACUGACAUUUUUCAGACGGUGGAUCUAUGGGAAGGGAAAGACAUGGCAGCCGUGCAGAGGACCCUGAUGGCUCUAGGCAGCGUUGCAGUCACCAAGGAUGACGGCUGCUACCGGGGAGAGCCCUCCUGGUUUCACAGGAAAGCCCAGCAGAAUCGGAGAGGAUUUUCAGAGGAGCAGCUUCGCCAGGGACAGAACGUCAUAGGCCUGCAGAUGGGCAGCAACAAGGGAGCCUCCCAGGCAGGCAUGACCGGGUACGGGAUGCCCAGGCAGAUCAUGUGAGACGCCGCAUCUCGCCCCCAUCCAGAGGACAAAUGUUCCACACCACCGUCUCAAUGAUAAAGAAAUAGGU